AUGACACGAGUGGAUGGAGGAGGCUGUGGUGGUGGCCAGGUGAGCAUGGCAAACCCCGUGGGUGUUUGUUUGCGUGAUUUUUCGGAGAAGUGUGCGCGCGUGUGCGAAGCCUGUCUAGCUCAGUUGGUAGAGCGCAAGACUCUUAAUCUUGUGGUCGUGGGUUCGAGCCCCACGGUGAGCAUGGCAAACCCCGUGGGCGUUUGUUUGCGUGAUUUUUCGGAGAAGUGUGCGCGCGUGUGCGAAGCCUGUCUAGCUCAGUUGGUAGAGCGCAAGACUCUUAAUCUUGUGGUCGUGGGUUCGAGCCCCACGGUGGGCGACUACCAAUGA